AAGACGCGGCUAAAAGCACAUAAAACGGAUUCGUAAUCCUUUUACAAAGCCGGGGAAAGAAACCAAUCAAAGUGGCGAGGCAUUUUGAUCGGAAUAACUGCCCCUGAUUAUAGAAAACAGCUUGGAAUUCACCGUCCAAAAACAGUCCGUGGUGGCCACCCGCGGGAAAUAUUUAUAAAUCCGGUGUUUUUAGGCGAGCAUGGAUGAUAACGACGACCUGGAUUACGUGGAAGAGGACUACUAUGCUGCCUUGAAUGUUCCUCGGACGGCAACACAAGAGGAAAUCAGCAGAGCUUACCGGAACUUGAGUCGAAUUUUCCAUCCAGACAAACAUGGCAAUGGGGAGAACAAGCAGAAUGCCGAACUGAUGUUUAAUCGCACGAAAAAGGCAUACGAAGUGCUAUCCGAUGCGCACCAACGUGCCAUUUACGAUUCUCUGGGUGUUAAGGGCCUGGAAACGGAAGGCUGGGAAAUCGUGCAUCGCACGAAGACGCCUUCCGAGAUUCGAGAAGAGUACGAACGGUUAGCCCGGGAACGAGAAGAACGUCGAUUGCAACAGAAAACCAACCCGCGGGGCAACAUCUCCGUGAAUAUCAAUGCGACGGAUUUUUUUAGCCGGUACGAUGACGAGUACUACGAUAGUGGGCUACUGCCAACGAUCGAGGUGUCCGGCAUGAGCAUGUCCCAGUCGAUAGAAGCGCCACUGUCCAAUACGGAGAUCGCCACGCUUGCCGGUAGCUUGCACCUUCAGAAUGGGGUCGGUAGUGGAACGUUUCUGCUGUCCGGGAAAAGGCUUUUGAACAAGGGUUGGUUUGAGGUAGACUGUGGUGCUGGCAAUGGUCCAGUUUUGGGAGCAAAAGGAUCACGGAACCUUACAAACCGGAUAUUUCUGAGCGGUGGUACCACGUUUCACUUUCGGCCGAAUGCCAUCAUACCUGGUCUGUCGGGAACGAUGGCUGUCCAGCUGGAUAAGCACACUGUAGGCUAUUUAACGUAUAAUGCUGGUUUGCAAAAUUCAAUGUCUACAGUAAUGGAACGGAAUACUGAAAAGUAUCAUUACAAUCUGAACGCCACCCUUGGCAUUCCACAUUGCUACAUCGCUGCCACUUACACGAGAAAGCUUGUUGAACAAGGCCUAAGACUAAGAGUAGCAGUGAAGGGAGGUACAUUCGGGUUCCUGACAGAGUGUGGAGCAGAAAAGAAGGUAUCCAAGUACAGCUCAGUUUCGGCCACGGUCUGCGUAGGUGUUCCAUCGGGCGUUACGCUAAAAGUGAAGAUAAUACGCUCCACACAAACGUACCUUUUCCCAAUUCACUUGAGUGAAGAAAUCAUACCGGCGGCAGUAUUCUACGCUACCGUGACACCUCUUUUAACGUAUUUUGUGCUUAAAAAAAUGCUGUUCGAUCCGAUGAAUGAAGCAACGAAGCAGAAAAACAUCGAAAAGGUAAAGGAAACCAACAGUGCCCGAAUGGCUGAGAAGCGACGUGAGGCGGAAUCUGCCAUCGCGCUCAUGGGUGCACUGUAUGAGCGGAUUCGGAAGGAGGAGCAAAAGAUUGCCGGAUUAGUAAUAACCUCAGCUCUAUAUGGCAAAUUUGAGGACGCUGAAAAUGUGUCACUAGAAGAAUCGGAUGAAAUGGGUUUCAUCUAUCAAAAUCCGUUCAUAAUCGAUGUAAGGAUUCCACUUCAAUGCCUCGUUAAGGACUCACAGCUGACGCUGUACGCUUCUAGCAAGUGUGAAUUGCCUGGCUUCUACGAUCCUUGCUUUGGGGAAGAAAAGCAGCUCAAAAUUGACUAUGAAUUCCAGAGCAAUUCAUACAGCUCCGUGUUUGUCGACACAGAGGAAGUACAUUUACCGGUCGUGUCCUCCGAGUCAACGGUGUAGGAGGUCUAGUUCAGUCCAAAGAACGCAAAUGGUACUACAAGCAGAGCUUGUGCCAAUAGUAGGUGAAAUUAGUAGUAUGUUGGGUCGGUUGCCUGAAAUAAAUUCAAAAUGCAAAGUGCGUGCGCAUUGAAUUCCCAGGAUAUAGAGCAACGCUUGUAGCUUUUUUUAGUCCAUCUCGAGUGUUGGUCGCUUUAAG